AUCGACACAAAGUGCUAAAUCUCAAUGCGAUAAACAGCUAUUUUUGUAGUGGCUUUGCAUUUUAAGCAGACACUCACUUCACGUAGGCCUACUAUACGUCUGAUUAAGGAGCGUUUUUGUAGAGAACGUUGUAGAUUUUGUUUUAUACAAGCAUGGCGGAUCGACCACUUGUUGGGAAAGUUUGUCUGGUGACUGGAGCUAGUCGUGGUAUUGGAAAGGGAAUUGCUCUACAGCUUGGAGAUGCUGGUGCCACUGUGUACAUCACUGGUCGGACGCUUGACCCAGCUGGCGAUGGGAAACCCGGCUCGUUGAGAGAGACAGCAGACGAGAUUGAAGGGCGGGGAGGCAAGUGUAUUCCUGUGGAAUGCGAUCAUGGAGAUGAUGAACAAGUCAAGAUGCUAUUUGAGAGAAUCUCCAAGGAGCAAAAUGGACGGCUUGACGUCUUGGUCAACAACGCCUUCUCAGCAAUAAAGGCGUUGUUAUCAACGACUGGGGAGGCGUUUUGGGAAAUGCCAGUGUCUAUGUGGGACACGAUCAAUCGAGUUGGAUUGAGAGGUCAUUACGUAGCUACAUGGCACGCAGCACAGAUGAUGGUUCCUGCCAAACAAGGCCUUAUCGUCAACAUCUCAUCAUGCGGUGGUCUCAUCUAUAUCUUUAAUGCUCCUUAUUGUGUCGGCAAAUCUGGGUGUGAUCGCAUGGCAGUAGAAUGUGGGCUGGAGCUGAAGAAACACAAUAUAGCCGUGGUGUCACUGUGGCCUGGCCCGGUGAAGACGAAGACAGUGCUGGAUACUUGGGCCGUUGAGACCAGGACUGAGACCGAGAAAAUGACCUAUGACUACGUCACCAAAUAUGGAGAGUCUAUCGAGUACCCAGGAAAGGCUGUCGUUCACCUUGCCAAAGAUCCCAAAAUCAUGAACAAAACCGGUCGUAUCUUCAUCACAGCCGAGUUGGGACAUGAGUACGGCUUCAGGGAUAUUGACGGUUCAACUCCGGCGAGCCUUCGUCAAGCCAAGACCCUGUUCCUGUAUACCGGCCACCCCUGGCUGGCUGCGCUGAUACCCUCAUUCAUUAAAUUCCCGUAUUGGCUCAUCUCACUCGGAGGAAAUCACUUCUAAAAAGAUCAUUUUAACUCAGGAUAUAAGAGACAAGAUCAAAAUGUCUCAAACUUUGGCGUACCUCUGGGCUUACUCCACCCACCAGAACGUUUGGCCCCCUACAUAAAAAGUAGGUUAAAUUAGGUAUUUUACUUAUAUUCGUUUUACACUUAGUUGUUGCAGUUCUGAGGCAAAUGCAAAUAAGUCGACGUUUGAUAAUGUCUGAAGAGUUUGUCACGCGAGACUGCAACUAUACCGCACACAGGACUCAAUAAAAUGAUUCAACAUCGAAUGUUCAAUUCAUUUCAAUUCAAUUCAUUUCUGGCUAUUUAAAAAUAGUACCAAUGAAUUAGGAGUAAAAGAUUUAUACAAUUUCGUAUGAUUAAAGGUUGCUUGUAAUGUAACAAAAUAAUUUUAAAACAAUUCUGAAAAUCACUUUUCGGCAUUAACAUCGUUUUGAUGUGUAUGCACAGCAGUAGUCAAUUAUCUUUACAAUUCUCUCGCCGACUGAUUAACAGCUUCAAAAAAUACCACUUUACUUUAUGUAUUUACCCGUUCGAAAUGAUAUAACAAUAAGAACUUGUGGCUUUGAAAAAAAAUUGUUAUUAUGCUGUCAAAACGUUUGGGUGACAUUGGUCUUAUAAAUACGAUUG